CAAAGAAGAGCACUUGAUCGGCCGAUUCCUCUCGUCGUUAUUUUUCUGCUCUGAUCUUUUCAACCUUUCGCGCUACGAUGGCGACGCGCAUCACUUAGCCACACACAGUUCGUCCGUCAUUGCAUAGCAGAUCGGAGGUGUUUCGACAGCCGCUCCACUCGUAGCUACAACGUUUGUACCGGCCAUCGUAGCAUUCAAGUGCGGUAGUACUUUUCACUUAUCAAGUGUCUGAUUGCGUAUCCGACAAGCAGUAAAAAAGGAUCAUGGCAAAAGAACCGAAGUUUAACGUGGAAAAGCUUUUGGAGCUGGAUCCAUACCUGAAGUCACACGAGCAAGAAAUCCGCCGUAGGAACACCGAAUUCCGUGGAUGGAUCAAACGAUUGAAUGACCUGGAAGGUGGCCUGGAUGAGUUCACCCAAGGAUACAAGUACUACGGUUUGCACAUUGCCCACGACAAUAGCGUCGUUGCUCGCGAAUGGGCUCCAGGAGCAAAGGAGGUUUACUUAACGGGCGAUUUCAACAACUGGCAAUGGCUGGCGACGCCGUACGAGAAGCUGCCCUUUGGCAAGUGGGAGCUCAAAAUCCCACCCAACCCGGACGGUUCCUGUGUGAUCAAGCAUCUGUCGGAGAUUAAGGUGAUCAUUCGUAAGCAGGAUGGUGCCCUUGUCGACCGUCUAUCGCCUUGGGCUAAAUAUGUAGUGUCGCCACCGAAAGAGCUGGGUGUCAACUAUCAGCAGCGCGUUUGGCAUCCUCCAGCACAUGAGAAGCAUAUGUUCCGCCACCGCAGACCCAAUCGUCCGCGGGCGCUACGUAUCUACGAAUGUCACGUCGGCAUUGGUACCGAAGAGUACAGUGUUGGUACGUACCGGAGCUUUGCGGACAACAUCGUACCGCGCAUAGCGAAGCUCGGUUACAACACUAUCCAGGUUAUGGCUAUCAUGGAGCACGCGUACUAUGCUAGCUUCGGGUAUCAAGUUACCAGCUUCUUUGCCGCCUCGAGCCGCUCUGGCACACCGGAAGAGCUGAAGUACUUGGUGGACAAGGCGCACGAGCACGGUUUGUUAGUGCUGCUCGACGUGGUCCAUUCCCAUGCGAGCAAAAACACACAAGAUGGCUUGAACCAGUUCGACGGUACUAACGCUUGCUACUUCCACGAUGGAUCGCGGGGCGAUCAUCCGGCUUGGGGUAGUCGUCUGUUCAACUACUCGGAGUACGAGGUGCUGCGAUUCUUGCUGUCAAAUCUUCGCUGGUGGCACGACGAGUACAACUUCGAUGGGUAUCGGUUUGACGGUGUCACCUCGAUGUUGUACCACUCGCGAGGCGCUGAAGGCUUUUCCGGCGAUUACAACGAGUACUUCGGUUUGAACGUGGACACGGAGGCACUCAUCUACCUUGCGAUUGCCAACUACUUCUUGCACGAAAUGGACCCGAAUGUGGUCACGAUUGCGGAGGACGUGAGCGGCAUGCCCACGCUCUGUCGCCCCACCGAGGAGGGUGGCAUCGGGUUCGACUACCGCCUCGGUAUGGCCAUCCCGGACAAAUGGAUCGAGAUGCUGAAGACGAAAACUGACGAGGAGUGGAACAUUGGCAACAUUGUGCAUACGCUUACCAAUCGCCGGUGGAAGGAGGCCACGGUCGCUUAUACCGAAUCGCACGAUCAGGCGCUCGUGGGCGACAAAACGAUUGCCUUCUGGCUGAUGGACAAGGAGAUGUAUACGCAUAUGUCGACAGUUUCCGAGCCGAACCUUAUCAUCGACCGGGGCAUCGCCCUGCACAAGAUGAUACGGUUGAUCACGCACGCGCUGGGCGGGGAAGCCUACCUCAACUUCAUGGGCAACGAGUUUGGGCACCCGGAGUGGCUCGACUUUCCGCGCGUAGGCAACGCUGAGUCGUACCAUUACGCCCGCCGUCAGUGGCACCUGGUGGACGAUCAGCUGCUGAAGUACCGGUUCCUGAACGAAUUCGAUCGUGCCAUGCACCACACCGAAGAAAGGUACCACUGGCUCGACUGUCUGCCGGCGUACGUCAGCUGCAAGCACGAGGACGACAAGGUGAUCGCUUUCGAGCGCAACAAUCUGCUGUUUGUGUUCAACUUCCACAAUAGCAAGAGCUUCACCGACUAUCGCAUCGGCGUCGACCUGCCCGGGAAGUAUCGGGUGGUGCUGAGCUCGGACGAUAGCGAGUUCGGAGGCUUCAAUCGCAUCGACAAGAACGUUGACCAUCUAACAUUCCCGGAGGGUUGGUCCGGCCGACGCAACUAUUUGCAGCUCUAUGUGCCCUGCAGAACAGCCUGCAUUCUGGCAGCGCAGUAACGCGCGGUUGGAAAUGUGAAUUUUUGGCGUGGCGCGAUAGAAUGACUGCUCCCGAAGGGGAACCAAUGUGUACCAACUUUAUAUUGUUAUCCUUCUUACGGAGAGUUCGUUUACAAGCUACCAAUGAGUAGUUCAAAACUACUGUGGGAUAUACUGUUAUUUAGAGAUAGACACAAAACAAAGGCAAUAAAGGAAUAUGCUUAGAAACAAUUGUAAUAAAAGGAAAAGCUGCAUGAAAUGGAAUAUAUACACAUUUGG